ACAGGCUCCUAUCCUUCCUGCCCACUUCUGCCUUCAGAAUCAUAAGACUUCAAGUUCCCACUAAGCCACCAUGCAUUUGUUUGCUGAAGCCACUACNAAAUUCACACUUGAGCUGUAUAGGCAGCUCAGAGAAUCAGACAACAACAUUUUCUAUUCCCCGAUCAGCAUGAUGACAGCAUUGGCAAUGCUCCAGCUUGGAGCCAAAGGAAACACUGAACAACAAAUUGAGAAGGUUCUUCAAUUCAAUGAAACCACCAAGAAGACAACAGAAAAAUCUGCACACUGCCAUGAUGAAGGAAAUGUCCAUGAACAAUUUCAAAAGCUUAUGACUCAGUUGAACAAAUCCAGUGAUGCUUAUGACCUAAAGGCUGCCAACAGUAUCUAUGGAGCAAAGGAUUUCCCAUUUCUCCAGACAUUUUUGGAAGACAUUAAGGAAUAUUAUCAAGCUAACGUGGAAUCACUCGAUUUUGAACAUGCAGCAGAAGAGAGCGAAAAGAAGAUUAAUUCCUGGGUGGAAAGCCAAACAAAUGGAAAAAUCAAAGACUUAUUUCCUAGUGGGAGCCUGAGCAGUAGCACUAUACUGGUUCUUGUCAAUGCAGUGUAUUUCAAAGGACAAUGGAAUCACAAAUUUGAUAAAAAGCAUACCACAGAAGAAAAGUUUUGGCUGAACAAGAACACAAGUAAACCUGUCCAGAUGAUGAAACAAAACAUAGAAUUUAACUUCAUGUUUCUGGAGGAUGUGAAGGCCAAGAUUGUGGAAAUACCAUAUAAAGGAAAAGAGCUAAGUAUGUUUGUCCUGCUGCCAGUGGAAAUCGAUGGCCUGAAGAAGAUUGAAGAACAACUCACUGCUGACAAGUUACUAGAGUGGACAAGAGCAGAAAACAUGUAUAUGACCGAGUUGCAUUUAUGUUUGCCACGGUUCAAAGUGGAAGAGAAGUAUGACCUCCCAGUUCCAUUGGAACACAUGGGGAUGGUCGACGCCUUUGAUCCACAGAAGGCUGACUUCUCUGGCAUGAGCAGCACUCAGGGUCUCGUGGUAUCUAGAGUUUUACACAAGUCCUUUGUGGAGGUAAAUGAAGAAGGAACAGAAGCUGCUGCUGCCACGGGGGUGGAAAUCGGUUUAACAUCAGCACCGAUACAAGAAGAUUUCUGUUGUGAUCAUCCGUUCCUAUUCUUCAUCAAGCACAGCAAGACCAACAGCAUCCUCUUCUUUGGCAGAAUGUCUUCCCCUUAAGUGAGGUGUCUCUGCCAUGCUUCCAAAAAAGGAUAACUAAGUCCCCGCAGCUAAACGAAACCUGGAAACAGCAGUUUCUCUUCCUUCAUUCUUUUUCUCAUAUUCAAGUCCCUAAUGCCAGGAUACCUCUAUUAUCUAUAUUUUUCUUCAUUUCCUUCUUUUUUUUCUAUAUAUCCAUACAUUCUCCAGGGGGAAAUGUUCAACAAAAAGAUGAAGGGAUAUUUUAAUAUAGUUUCUUCUAAUCUAGCAUGUAUCUGUGCUCUGUGUUAAGUGAGCUAGAGAAAAUCUGACCUUCCUUUUAAACUGAUCAGUAUAAGCAUCUACAUUGUGUUAUGAGAUAUCUGGACACUUCAUAAGCUUAUAAAUGUUGUGAUUUUACAAAAAAAAACAAAAUAUUUUCAAUAAAAUAAUGAUCUUUUCAACUUA